AUGCCAGCUCCUGAGCAGGGCUCUUUGGUGGAGGAGGGGCAACUGCAGACCCGCCAGGAAGCUGCCUCCACUGGCCCAGGCAUGGAAUCGGAGACCACGGCCACCACUAUUCUAGCUUCUGUGAAGGAGCAGGAGCUUCAGUUUCAACGACUCACCCGAGAACUGGAAGUGGAAAGGCAGAUUGUUGCCAGUCAGCUAGAAAGAUGUAGGCUUGGAGCAGAAUCACCAAGCAUCGCCAGCACCAGCUCAACUGAGAAAUCAUUUCCUUGGAGAUCAACAGAUGUGCCGAAUACCAGUGUAAGCAAACCUAGAGCUCCUGACACUGCCCAUCCCAACACCUAUCUCAUCCGGACAGAGCAAGAACAAGGUGCCCUCUACUCACCGGAGCAGACAUCUCUUCAUGAAAGUGAGGGAUCACUGGGUAACUCAAGAAGUUCAACACAAAUGAAUUCUUACUCUGACAGUGGAUACCAGGAAGCAGGGAGUUUCCACAACAGCCAGAAUGUGAGCAAGGCAGAUAAUAGACAGCAGCAUUCAUUCAUAGCAUCAACUAAUAACCAUUUGGUGAGGAAUUCAAGAGCUGAAGGACAAACUCUGGUUCAGCCAUCAGUAGCCAAUCGGGCCAUGAGAAGAGUUAGUUCAGUUCCAUCUAGAGCACAGUCUCCUUCUUAUGUUAUCAGCACAGGCGUGUCUCCUUCAAGGGGGUCACUGAGAACUUCUCUCGGUAGUGGAUUUGGCUCUCCGUCAGUGACCGACUCCCGACCACUGAACCCUAGUGUGUAUUCCUCCACCACAUUACCAGCCCAGCGGGCAGCCUCUCCAUUCUCCACACAGAGACCCGCCUCCCCGACAGCUGUACGACGGAUUGGGUCUGUCACCUCCCGGCAGACUUCCAAUCCCAACGGACCAACCCCUCAAUACCAGACCACCACCAGAGUGGGGUCCCCACUAACCCUGAUGGAUGCACAGACUCGAGUAGCUGCCCCAUCCCAAGGCCAGGUGGGGUCGUCAUCCCCUAAACGCUCAGGGAUGACCGCUGUACCACAGCAUCUGGGACCUUCAUUGCAAAGAACUGUUCACGAUAUGGAGCAAUUUGGACAGCAGCAGUAUGACAUUUAUGAGAGGAUGGUUCCACCACGGCCAGACAGCCUGACAGGUUUACGGAGUUCAUAUGCUAGUCAGCAUAGCCAGCUUGGGCAAGACCUUCGUUCAGCUGUGUCUCCUGACCUGCACAUCACUCCUAUAUAUGAAGGGCGAACCUACUACAGCCCGGUGUACCGCAGCCCAAACCAUGGAACCGUGGAGCUCCAAGGAUCACAGACAGCUUUAUAUCGCACAGGCUCAGGUGUUGGAAAUCUUCAAAGGACGUCCAGCCAACGAAGUACCCUUACAUACCAAAGAAAUAAUUAUGCUCUGAAUACAACAGCUACCUACGCAGAGCCCUACAGGCCCAUACAGUACCGAGUGCAAGAGUGCAAUUAUAACAGGCUGCAGCAUGCAGCUCCAGCUGAUGAUGGCACCACGAGAUCCCCAUCAAUAGACAGUAUUCAAAAAGACCCCAGGCAAUUUGCCUGGCGUGAUCCUGAGCUGCCUGAAGUCAUUCACAUGCUGCAGCACCAGUUCCCGUCGGUGCAGGCAAACGCGGCGGCCUACCUGCAGCACCUGUGUUUUGGUGACAACAAAGUGAAGAUGGAGGUGUGUAGAUUAGGGGGAAUCAAGCAUCUGGUUGACCUUUUGGACCAUAGAGUUUUGGAAGUUCAGAAGAAUGCUUGUGGUGCUCUCCGAAACCUUGUCUUUGGCAAGUCUACAGAUGAAAAUAAAAUAGCAAUGAAGAAUGUUGGUGGGAUACCUGCCUUGUUGCGACUGUUGAGAAAAUCUAUUGAUGCAGAAGUAAGGGAACUUGUUACAGGAGUUCUUUGGAAUUUAUCCUCAUGUGAUACCGUAAAGAUGACAAUCAUUCGAGAUGCUCUCUCAACCUUAACAAACACUGUGAUAGUUCCACAUUCUGGAUGGAAUAACUCUUCUUUUGAUGAUGAUCAUAAAAUUAAAUUUCAGACUUCACUAGUUCUGCGUAACACAACAGGCUGCCUGAGGAAUCUCAGCUCUGCAGGGGAGGAAGCGCGGAAGCAAAUGCGAUCCUGUGAGGGCCUGGUGGACUCACUGUUGUACGUGAUCCACACGUGUGUGAACACAUCUGAUUAUGACAGCAAGACAGUGGAGAACUGUGUGUGCACCCUGAGGAACCUGUCCUAUCGGCUGGAACUGGAAGUCCCUCAGGCCCGGCUGCUGGGACUAAAUGAAUUGGAUGACUUACUAGGAAAAGAGUCUCCCAGCAAAGACUCAGAGCCAAGCUGCUGGGGGAAGAAGAAGAAAAAGAAAAAGAGGACACCACAAGAGGAUCAAUGGGAUGGAGUUGGUCCUAUCCCGGGGCUGUCAAAGUCCCCAAAAGGGGUUGAAAUGCUAUGGCAUCCAUCGGUGGUAAAACCAUAUCUGACCCUCUUAGCUGAAAGCUCCAACCCAGCCACCUUGGAAGGCUCUGCUGGCUCCCUCCAGAACCUCUCUGCUGGCAACUGGAAGUUUGCAGCAUACAUCCGGGCAGCCGUUAGAAAAGAAAAAGGACUCCCCAUCCUUGUAGAACUUCUGAGAAUGGAUAACGAUAGAGUUGUUUCCUCUGUGGCAACUGCCUUAAGGAAUAUGGCUCUGGAUGUUCGCAAUAAGGAGCUUAUAGGUAAAUAUGCCAUGCGAGACCUGGUCAACCGGCUUCCCGGCGGUAACGGCCCUAGCAUCCUGUCUGACGAAACCAUGGCGGCCAUCUGCUGUGCUCUGCACGAGGUCACCAGCAAAAACAUGGAGAACGCCAAAGCCCUGGCCGACUCAGGAGGGAUAGAAAAGCUGGUGAACAUAACCAAAGGCAGAGGAGACAGAUCGUCUCUGAAAGUAGUGAAGGCCGCAGCCCAGGUCUUGAAUACAUUAUGGCAAUAUCGGGACCUUCGGAGCAUUUAUAAAAAGGAUGGGUGGAAUCAGAACCAUUUUAUUACACCUGUGUCGACAUUAGAGCGAGACAGAUUCAAAUCACAUCCUUCCUUGUCUACCACCAACCAACAGAUGUCACCCAUCAUUCAGUCAGUCGGCAGCACCUCUUCUUCACCAGCACUGUUAGGAAUCAGAGACCCUCGCUCUGAAUACGAUAGGACCCAGCCACCUAUGCAGUAUUACAAUAGUCAAGGGGAUGCCACACAUAAAGGCCUGUACCCGGGCUCCAGCAAACCUUCACCAAUUUACAUCAGUUCCUAUUCCUCACCAGCAAGAGAACAAAAUAGACGGCUACAGCACCAACAGUUGUAUUAUACGCAAGAUGACUCCAACAGAAAGAACUUUGAUGCGUACAGAUUAUAUUUACAGUCUCCUCAUAGCUAUGAAGAUCCUUAUUUUGAUGAUCGAGUUCACUUUCCAGCUUCUACUGAUUAUUCAACACAGUAUGGACUGAAAUCGACCACAAAUUACGUAGACUUUUAUUCCACUAAACAACCUUCUUACAGAGCAGAACAGUAUCCAGGGUCCCCAGACUCCUGGGUGUAG